AUGGGUAAUGCAGCCCUAUUUGCUGUCGGUACUUUUGUUGUCUUUUGUACCAGCAUUGGACUGGUGGUAGCACUUCGUAAAUAUCGGCGGCGGAAUGCUUUACUCCCUCUGCCUCCUGGUCCACGGGGCAUACCCAUUCUUGGGAACGUGAAUGAUAUGCCCAAGAAGGACGAAUUGGAGUGGCAGCACUGGCUUAAGCACAAGGACAAUUACGGUCCGAUUAGUUCUGUCACAGUAUUAGGCCAGACUAUGAUCAUCAUUAACGAUGCAAGCAUCGCCUUCGAACUACUCCGUGACCGAUCCAACAUCAACUCGUCCCGUCCCCACCAGACAUUCAGCGGUGACAUCGUCGGUUGGAAUUCUUCCACUGCGCUGAGCCAAUAUAACAGCUACUUGAAACUUCACCGAAAGAAUAUCACUAAAGUCGUAGGCUCUAACAUCUCAAUUGCUAUGUUUGACCGAGUGCAGGAAACAGAGGCUGCGCACUUUCUGUUGAAUGUUCUCGCUAAUCCGGAGGACCUUUCCGCUCACAUUCGUCGGGAGGCCGGCACCGUCAUUUUGAAGAUCAUAUAUGGCUACUCGGCGGAGAGUCACGGACAUGACCCCUUCAUUGAUCUCGUCGGUAGAGCCAUGAACAUAUUCGUGGAGUCGAGUGUCCCAGGGAAAUGGGCGAUCGACCUUUACCAUUCUGUAAGCUUUUCAUCGUCCUAUCCCGUAUUUCCCACAAACCGGAUAUUGACUUGGUAUAAUGUAGUGAAAUACCUCCCGGAAGGAUUCCCUGGCACAGAGUACCGCAAGAUAGGUCGCGAAAUGCGCGCCGUGGUGGAUCAGUGCGUCGCACAGCCAUACGCAUUCGUCAAACAGCAGAUGCGUAAGAAGCGAGCGAAAACCUCUUUCUUGUCCCAGGCUAAUCAGGACUUUGGAACCGAUCCAGAGAUGGAUUAUGCCCAUAAGUGGGCGGCCGUGUCGAUGUUCGGUGCUGGUGCCGAUACGACGGUGUCAUCGUUGAUGACGUUUUUCCUGGCUAUGACUCUGUAUCCCGAGGUGCAGAGGAAAGCCCAGGAAGAGAUCGACCGUGUCAUUGGGCAAGAUCGGCUGCCCGUUGCAGCCGACAAGAACAGUCUUCCGUAUAUCUAUGCCUUGAUGCUUGAAACGCACCGAUGGCAUUCCAUUGUGCCCAUGGCUCUGCCACAUGCUAGCACAACCGAGGACAUAUAUAAAGGGUACCGAAUACCGAAAGGAGCGGUCUUUCUCCCAAAUAUUUGGUGGUUCACGCACGAUCCUUCUGUAUAUCCUGACCCAAUGUCAUUCAAUCCGGAUCGUUUUCUCAAGACCGAUGGGCAUGUCCCUGAACCAGAUCCACGAAACUAUGUGUUUGGGUUCGGUAGAAGGAUUUGUCCGGGACGAUAUGUGGCAGAUAAUGCGCUGUUCAUCACCAUCGCACAGUCUCUAGCAGUGUUUGAUAUCAAGCCUGAUGGAGCACUCCCAAAGGUUGCAUUCGAGUCUGGGGCCAUCAGCCAUCCUGUUCCCUAUCGAACAAGCAUAAAGCCUAGAAGCGAAUUGCAUCGAGCAUUGAUCGAAAAGUCCCUAAAGAAGUAUCCGUGGGAAGAGAGCGAUUCGAAAGAAUUGUUGGACAUCAAAUGGUAA